CAGCGAGUCGCGGCGAAUGUCCGACGAGGCCCGAUGGCAUUGCCGUCAAUCCGCCUUCACCAGCACCAUCGUCGUCUUCUCAUAGAUAUAUAUACUUGGAUGUGUUUCGUAGCCAUCUACCUAUACCCCCGACCGACCAAACGAACGAACUGACUGUCUAACUAACUGACUGACGACUGGCCAAACGACACUCAAUUAACCCCCUCACCAGCUUGAAUCCUUCUCACCAUGGGCUCCAUCCCCAACGCCCCGUCGACCACAUCUUCCUCCUCCUCACAUCCGCAACCACUCGCCCCUCCCCCGUCGACAACGACGUACAAAAUCGCCUCGAUCCCCGCCGACGGGAUCGGCCCCGAGGUCAUCUCCGCGGGGCUGCGCGUGCUGGCGACGCUCUCGCAGGCCUUCGCCUCGCGCUUCACCUUCGCCGUCACCCACUUCGACUGGUCCAGUGAGACGUACCUGCGCACAGGCCGCUACGUGCCCGAGGGCGGGCUGGACGAGCUGCGGAACUUCGAUGCCAUCCUGUUCGGCGCCGUCGGCGACCAGCGCGUGCCCGACCACGUCUCGUUGUGGGGGUUGCGCCUCGCCAUCUGCCAGCCCCUGCAGCAGUACGCCAACGUGCGGCCGACGCGGAUCCUGCGCGGGGUGACGUCGCCGCUGGCGGCGUGUCAGGGCAGCGCUGAGAAUGCGAAGAAGCUGGAUUGGGUGAUUAUCCGCGAGAACAGCGAAGGCGAGUACGCCGGGCACGGGGGCCGCUCGCACCUGCACCAGGCGUGGGAGGUCGGGACGGAGGUGAGCGUGUUCACGCGGCACGGGUGCGAGCGGCUGCUGCGGUUCGCGUACGAGACGGCGCGGGCGCGGCCGCGCAAGACGCUCACCUUCGUGACCAAGUCGAACGCGCAGCGCAACGGCAUGGUGCUGUGGGACGAGGUCAACGCGGCGGUGGCGCGCGAGUACCCGGACGUGGCGGCGGACAAGAUGCUGGUCGACGCCAUGACGUGCCGCAUGGCGCUGCAGCCCGAGACGCUCGACACGGUGGUCGCCACCAACCUGCACGCCGACAUCCUCUCGGACCUGGCCGCCGCGCUGGCGGGCUCCAUCGGCAUCGCGCCCACCAGCAACCUCGACCCCACGCGCCGCAACCCCAGCAUGUUCGAGCCCAUCCACGGCUCCGCCUGGGACAUCGCGGGGCAAGGUGUCGCCAACCCCGUCGGCACCUUCUGGACCUGCGCCGAGAUGGUGCGCUGGCUGGGCCAGCCCGAGGCCGCCGACAUGCUCAUGGCUGCCGUCGAGGCCGUGCUGGGCGCGGGCGUCAAGACCAGGGAUCUGGGCGGCCAGGCCGGCACCGACGAGGUGACCGACAAGGUGUGCGAGGAGAUCCUGCGGCUGGGCAAGGAGCGAGGCUUCUUUGUCGCGGGGAAGGAAUAGGGUGGAGCGGAGAUGGUGAUUCCAAGGGCUGGUGACUUACUACUUUACAUAACACACUGGCUCGUGUAUUUCUCCCGAGUCAAUAUAUAUAUAUAUA